GAGGCUCUAUUUUCCCAGGCGUCUCUGAACGCAUCCUCAGCCCGUCAGGCUCUGCGUCAACAGCCGCUCCGCCGUGUUUGUUUAUUUGUUUGUUUUUUUCGGGUUGUUCCGGUAGGUUACCGAGAGCCAGAGCCGCCGGCGGAUGUCCUCACGGUGAAGGAUUGUUGUUUCGCUCAGCUGGAACCAGAGCCUGUCGGCUUCUCCAUCCACAGCUGAACUAUGAGCGGAUGAUGUCUGAGAGCAGCUGCUAUGGCCAGCAGUGGCGGUCAGAGCAAUGCCGAGACGCUCGAGGGCUUCCAUGAGGUCAACCUGGCCUCGCCCACCACGCCUGACCUACAGAACCAAACGGAGCAGCACCCUCCAUCCCGCCACAGCACCCCGCCCACCUCCCUGUACCGCACCCACUCACUGGGACCGCCUCCUGCUGGCCUCCCCAAGUCCCUCCGUGCCGAUCAGCUCCCCACGCAGCCAGUGUACUCCACGCCGCGGCACAGCCACAAUGGAAGCGUGCCGGGCCUGGAGGCAGAGCCGGCGGAGGGAGGCUUCCUGUACGGGGAGGACGUGGAUGAGUGCAGCGCGCUGAGCGAGAGCCUGUCGCGGCUGCGCAGCCCGUCGGUGAUGGAGGUCCGAGAAAAAGGAUGCGAGAGGCUGAAAGAGGAGCUGGCGAAGGCUCAGAGAGAGCUGCUGUUGAAGGAUGAGGAGUGUGAGAGGUUGUCUAAAGUCAGAGACCAGCUCGGCCAGGAGCUGGAGGAGCUCACCGCCAGUCUCUUCCAGGAGGCGCAUAAGAUGGUGAGAGAAGCAAACGUCAAACAGGCGAAUGCUGAGAAGCAGCUGAAGGAAGCUCUGGGGAAGAUCGACGUCCUGCAGGCGGAGGUCCAGGCCCUGAAGACGCUGGUGCUCUCCUCCCCCACUUCCCCCGUGGCUGAGCUCCCGUCUGCCGUAGGCGGCAAGACGCCCUUUAAGAAGGGCCACAGCCGGAACAAGAGCACCUCCUCCGCCAUGCUGGGGACGCAGCCGGACCCGGCGGCCACGCAGCCCAUCGUUAGGGAGUGCAGAGAGGUGGACAGUCAGCUGUUCAGUGAGUUCAAGGCUUGGAAGGAGGCGCCGACGCUCGACCGGAACUGCAGCUUCCUGGAUAGAGUUUACCGGGAGGACAUCAACCCCUGCCUCACCUUCAACAAGAGCGAGCUGGGUUCGGCCAUCCUGGACGCCGUGGAGCAGAACACGCUCAGCGUGGAGCCGGUGGGCUUCCAGCCGCUGCCUGUGGUCAAAGCGUCGGCGGUGGAGUGCGGAGGACCAAACGGGCGAAGCGCAGAGCUCGUCACAAAAUGCGCCCUGAGCGGUCAGACCAAAACCUGUAAGCACAGAAUCAAGUUUGGAGACUCGUCCAACUACUACUACGUCUCUCCUUUCUGCAGAUACAGAAUCACUGCAGUUUGUAAUUUCUUUACCUACAUCCGCUACAUCCAUCAAGGUCUGGUCAAACAGCAGGACGCGGAGCAGAUGUUCUGGGAGGUGAUGCAGCUCCGCAGGGAAAUGUCCUUCGCCAAGCUCGGAUACUACAAGGACCAGCUGUGAGGGGACGCACGGCCACGCCCUCCAAUCACAGCCGAUUCAGACAGAGCCCCGCCCACCCGGAUCUGGUUCCCCUCCUCCUGUGUGUGAGCGAUUCUGAGCGUGGAGGGAAAAACCGCUUGUUUGUGGGAAAACGAUGGACUGGACUGAAAGCGCGGGAGCUCGGUUCGUCAUUGGUGUUUGGAAAAGUUCUUUAGGUUCUCCAAGAUUUCUUCUUCAUUCUCUGAACUCCAUUAUGUGACACUAAAACCAACCUCCUUCUACACACAUUAAAAUAUAAGAAAUAAUUCAGUCCUGACUUUGCUCCAAACUCUGAGAAAACACUUGAAGUAUUGUCUAAUAAGCUAAGAGGAA